AAAAAUAGAGCAUGAGUAAAUUGGGAAUAUACAGAUGUUUAGUUAGCCUGGAGUGCUAACAAUUUGCUAAGCAUGAACAUUUGUUAACAUUUAGGUUUUUUUAAAAAAAAGAUAAAUUGUCCUUAGUGGCUUCAAUUUGUCAAAAACAUAUCACAGACUUAUGCCGGAUAUUGUGUCCCAAAGUAGCUAUAAAUAACUGAAUAAAUAAAUUAGCCAAAUGACGAAGAAGCUAGCUAACGCUGAAGCCAUAGUUGUUAUCAAGCAAGAAUGAGCAAAGACUGUUUAAAAAAAAAAAGAAAGAAUAAAACUUAAAUAAUUCGAUUAAUUUUCCAGUGUUACUCCGUUAUAUAAUCCCCCUGAACUUCUGUUUAUGUUCCCGCUUCCUCCGGAGUGGAAAUAAAUGGAAUGCAGUGACGUCAGAAGUACGUGCGCUCUGUCCCUACGUGUGCGUGUGUAAGUGCCUGCGCGCGUGCACACGCAGCUGGAGGAACCUGUGGUUGAACCGAAGUCAUGAGAAAAAGUGCGUGUGUGCCGUUCAGAGAGGAGAGGGAGAGGGAGGAGGAGGGGGAGGAGCUGAGUGUGUCUGUGUGAGUGAAGCUCCGGAGCAGAGACGCGUUCACACGCUCACACAUUCGCUCAGGAGCAGGACGGAGAUGGUGGCGCAGUGAACUGCGAUGGCAUUUGCGCAACAAUGGCCACCGGCCGCACCUUGACCCCUUGAUGUAACCGACUUUUCCCAUCAGAACCUUCUAGAACCCUACGGAAUUGGUCACCUAAAUAUGGACACCUCUGGAGACCGCAUCCAGGUCCAGGAUGGACACGAGGACCCCAAGUCCAGCCCCGGUCGCUCAGAUCUCACCGGACUGUACCAUCUGGGUCGGACGUUGGGCAGGGGCCACUUUGCGGUGGUCAAACUCGCUCGUCAUGUCAACACCGGACAACUGGUGGCCGUCAAGAUGAUCGACAAGACAAAACUGGAUGUCCUGGCGACGAGUCACCUUCUACAGGAAGUGAGAUGCAUGAGGCGGGUGCAGCAUCCCAACGUGGUGCGACUUUUCGAGGUCAUCGACACGCCCACCACUCUGUAUCUGGUCAUGGAGCUAGCCGAGGGGGGCGACCUCUACGAUUACAUCCUACGUCAUGAAGGGGGCGUGGCCGAGUGUACCGCCAAACGGCACUUUGCGCAGAUUGUCCGCGCGGUGGCGUACUGCCACCAGCUCCAUGUGGUACACCGGGAUCUGAAGCCAGAAAACGUGGUGUUCUUUCCCCAGCAGGGGGCAGUGAAGUUGACAGACUUUGGGUUCAGUAACUUGUUCCAACCAGGUACUAUGUUGGCCACCAGCUGUGGGUCGCUGGCGUACUCUGCACCGGAGAUUCUACUGGGAGAAGAAUAUGAUGCUCCGGCUGUUGAUAUCUGGUCUCUGGGGGUGAUCCUCUACAUGCUGGUGUGUGGAGUUCCUCCCUUUCACGAAACCAACGACAGCGAGACUCUAGUCAUGAUCCUGGACUGUCGCUACACUGUUCCGGAACACGUCUCCGACGACUGUAGAAAUUUAAUUUCGAGGAUGCUCCAGAAGGAUCCUUGUCGCCGUGCCUCACUGCAUGAGAUUGAGGCUCAUCACUGGCUCCACGGUUUGGACAACGUGCUGCUCAGUCCAGAAGCUCCUCCUCACUGGCUCUCGGCGGCUCUGUCGCUCAGUUCUCCCCGCUCAGGAGUACCAGAGUGUGGAGACCUGCUCGCUGCAAAGCCUGCAACUCAGCAGCCUCUGCCUGGACCCUGGCAGCCGAGUCUUAGUGUCACCCUCCGCCCUGCUCCGUCUGAGGAGCCUCCUGCCACCAAGAACCUGCCUGCUCUCCAGCAGAUCUGUGAGGAGGAAGAGGAGGAAGAGGAGGAGGAGGGAGAGGAAAGUUCUGUUCCAGGAGAACUUCUGGCAGCAGAAGAAAGGGCUGUUCCCGGAGAACUUCUGGCAGCAGAAGAAAGGGAGGCGCAUGACAGAGCAGAAGAUCAGGUCUGCAGAGAUCAACGAGGAGGGAGGAAGGAGUUGGUCAAUGUGGUGCAGAUGAAAGAGGAGGAGAUCAAAGACAGCGAGUGUGUAAUUUUAGAUCAACCCAUUGGUCAUGAAGCAAAGCUGGUUAGUCAGAACCAAGAAACCCCGUCGUGGUCUCUGCCCGACCUGCUGCCGUGCUGUCAGGGCCAACCAGACCUGAAAACCACAGAGAAGGAAACGGACGAAGAGACGGAACCAAACAACAACACCAACAAACUCCAGUCUUCCGUCUCUGCGCCCCCUGCUGGACUCAGCCUCAGCGUCAAAGACACGGUAAAGACGAGUAGAGAGGGAGCGCAGGAAGAAAAAACCGAGGACGGAGCAAAGGACGAAUUAACUCCCCAAAAUCCUCUGGGGACACGCGAUGAGGCGCCCCCCAGGGUUGAGCAGGGGAAACGGCACAGCAUCAAGCUGAAGGAGAGACUCUUCCAGUUCCCUCUGUGUGAAAAAGCUUUGGCCCUAAACAUACCAACACACAACAAGCCCAAGAUCCUGCCGCUGGCUCAGUACAACUGCUGCCGAGUGCUGUGAGUCAAAACGGUUCCUGGAGACACGGAAACUUGUUUAGCAUUCAGCGAGUGGCCGACUUCUGGGGAAAGACAUUUGGGGAGUGGCACGGCGCCAAGUUUCUCUGAUGAGCCUUUCUGCUGCAGAGACCUUGAGACGUGAGAGCACGGAGUCUGCAGACACCGAGUGCCGAGGACGGAAGGUGAACAGCUCGUCACAGUGCCGUCCUCGGUUCAGUAUUUGUUGCACAAAACACAGAUGCGUCGUCAGAGCCGAUUAGAGCCGUCACCCUUCGUCACGUAACACGUUACGUCUUACACCAAAAUCUCGUUGUCCUUCGCAUUUUGACACCCAGCGUUGACACAAGCCGUGCAGUGGAGGAACACACACACACACACAGAGGUACAUCAUCACGACACAAGGGUAGAAUGUGUGUUUUUGUUGAUUAUUUUUUGUCUGUGCACAAAGAACAAACUCAUGACCUGAGAUUCCCUCCAGGCCCAGGAAUAAUAAUCACA